AUGAAGAAGAUUGUUGUUCUAAUUGUUCUACUUUUAUAUUGUUUUAUUGCAAUUGGUAAGUGUUAUUAUUUCAUUUUUAAGUUUGUUUAGAGGCACAUCAACGGGUGUUAUUGCGAGAUUUAAGCGCGGUAACAUUGAGAAGGGGUGAUUACACUACAGGAAGAAGAUCCUCACCCGUCCCUCAGUUACAAUGUGUCGGUGGAACGGCACGGGGAAAGUUCACGCCAAAGAUCGUUCAAUGUUACAAUCGCGGGUUCGAUGGAAUGGAUGUUCAAUGGGAAUGUAAGGCUGAUAUGCCAGAUACUUUCGAGUUUGGAAGGGUUAGUUUAUUCAUUUAUUUUCUAAGGAUUAGGCUAUAUGGUGCUUGGGAUACACUUUCUAGUACCGCAUGUUAAUAUAUGAACUAUUUUAAUGUUUAAUAUUUAGAUUUCUGUAAACUGUGAAGGAUUCGACUCACCGAACGAUCCUUUUAUUCUUGCCGGGUCUUGUGGAUUAGAAUAUGAACUGGACUAUAGUCAAAAGGGAGUUCACGGUGGAGCCUACAAAGAUACAACGAGUUCAGAUCGUAUGGUUACCAUACUCUUCUACGGUGUCUUUGUAUGCUUCGUACUGUACAUCAUAUAUAGUUGGAUGAAGCCUGGUGAUUAUGGUACUGGCGCAGGUGGGUUUACUUUUGUAAAUUAUAUCAUAUCAUCUUUUUAAUAUCUAAAAUAAGUUACUCAUAAUAUGAAGUUCCAAAUUUUAAAUACAUGUCAACAACAUUACUUAGAAUUUUUAAGGCUAUGGGUCAGGUGGUAACUAUCCAGGCGGUGGUGGUGGCGGGGGACCUGACCCUCCAGGUUGGAGACGACCUCCAACUGCUCCACCUUCGUACGAUGAUGCCACCAAACCCAACUCGUCUACUGGUACUUCAACUGGUGGGGCUGGUUUCUGGAGUGGCAUGAGCCUCGGAGCUUUGGGUGGCUACGCUGCGAAUCAUUUUAUGAAUUCCGGGAACACUAGAAGACGUCACCAAUUCUACCAUGACGCCGGAUACGACGACUACUACGACCAGCCUAGUACUUCAGGGACCUCUUAUUCUGGGGGUGGUACUCACACGUCCUCUGGGUUUGGGGGAACGACCCGUAGGUGA